AUGCUGUUGGUGCUGCUGAAGGAGGAGGAGGAGGAGGAGGAGGUGUGGAGUGGUGUGUUGAAAGUCUUGCUGGGUGGCUUGCUUGCUUCCAUGCGCGUCCACUCGCUCACACCCCCUCCUACUCUCAACGCUCGUCUCACCUUCCCUGCCUCCCUGCCAAACUGCAUAUUAUUUAACUCCACUACCUCUAAACACAGCGGCGCUGCUCUGUGCCACGCGCACACCCAUCUGCCCAACCCACGUUGUAGGGUACCGUGCCAGGCGCUAACACAUACGCACACCCCACCUGCCUUCACGCCUUCAAUGUCGUGCAGUUCCGAUGCAGUUCCCCACAAUCGUCGUCUUCGUCGCCGUCGUAGUCCUUCUACAACAUCACCCAAUAAUAACACCAACAACACCACCAACACCGCCACCACUGUCACUGCGUCAGCUGCCGCUGUUGCUGAAAACUCUCUCUCCCUCAUACUGUUGCUAACCAAGUGUUGUGCGCAGUUGCAAAUUGAGCAGGACGGAUUGGGCAGGGCGAGGCGAGGCGAUGCAAUCUUGGGAGAGUGCGCAAGGAAUAUAAAUACACUUCCUGAUUGCGUGGAACGAAGCCACGACAUUGGCACCUCGCCACGCUUACUUCGCCGCAUCUCUCCGCGUUCCACCAAUGCCCUUCCUCCCAACCUCUCUCCCUCUCUAUCGUCUUCUCGUCUCUCGCCGUCCCCAACCACCACAGAUUUUACUUCCACUCACUCCAUCCCUUGA